AUGAACGGAUACAAAAAGGACGCGAAGUUGACCCUCGAGGUUGGGCUCGAUGCAGUGCCUCUGGUGGUCACCAUCAACGAGGUUAAACACACAGAGCAGGGUCCAACUAUCUUGGACGUAAACUCCGAGCCAUCAGCCGGGGCUGAACUUGUCCCCGCUACCUUCAAGAUGAAGAUUUUUGAUAGGCGCUACGCCCACGAGCUCCGCAAGAAGCUGCAAACUGGGACGUGGAAUGCCGAUAAAGACCACAUCCUGCUCAGAGAUGCCAUGACCGGCAGUGUCGACACUUUCCUCACUGAAUGGAGUCGAGAUGCCAAGAUUCCUUACAGUCCAACCUCUAUCGAAGCCACCAAUCGCGAGGCCAUCAUCUGGGAGAUGAUGCGACGCCAGUACAAGUCAGAACUCGCAAUGCACCAAGCUCUUAAGAUAAAAAGGAAGAAGACCGACCCGGAAUUACUUGAAACUGCCACGCUACGCACUGGCACCACCACGGACUUUGUAUUGGACUUGAUGUACACCAGCAAUCAGUAUUUCAAUGUCUCCUGUCUCCUCGUCCGGGAAGUCAAGGGCGCCAAACCGUUUUCCUCAUACCCUACAAUGCCACUUGAACAGGACUACCAUCUUGGUCUCUCUGUCUUCAAUGACGCCGGAACCGGCUAUCGAUUCAGAAUCCCUGAGAUCAUUCUUACCGAAGCUGAAGAAGAUGGUGCCUCAGACUCUGAGAAGACCAUUGCCGACGAUAAGGCAAUCACUGGGGAAGCAACGACAUCUGAUAAUGUUGGCGAGCCGAAACCCUCAAAGACAGCAGGAGAGAAAGGUAAAUCGGCAACCAAACACCUUCUGAGCCCAUAUGCUCCACUGCCCAUGGAAUCCAGAGAAAUCACAGUUGGGACAUCAGAAACGUUCCCCUAG